AUGGCACAAGUGGGCGAGGUUGGUGUAUUUCGCAAUUCUUUGCCUUUCUCGCGCGUUAAAACCCAAAAUAGCGGACUCUUUGUUACACAUAUAAGUAUUUCCUACUGGAAUAAAAAAAAUUUAUCUUUGAAAAUAUCUCGAAAAAAGUGCUUUGUUUCAGACAGAAGUUGUUGCUGGAAACGUACGGGACAUUGUGAAUCGGUUGUCCAGGGACAUGACUAAUCGGAAUCCAUUCUCAGUCCAUCAGCAGGUGGAGAGGAGAAGUGAGUGUUCACGGAAGCCAUCCUUCAUCCUCCGAAUGAUUUCAGCAACAUCCGCUCCCUUUUCGCAACCACAAUAUCCCCUCUACAUUGCGACUUUCCCCUACACUGCCACACAAAUCGAUGAGCUCUCAUUCACUGUGGGAGACAUUAUCGAGGUGGGGUUAAUGGGCUAUUGUUUCGUGGAAAGAAAUGGGUGCUUUGCAGUUGAUAAGUGAUGUCGAGGACGGGUGGAGCAAAGGUCGGCUCAAGUCUACCAGUGCAAUCGGAAUGUUCCCGACCAACUUUGUGAAAUGUACGGUUCAUUUUCUUUCCUCAUCAGUUUAAAAUCAGCCUACUUCAGCAGUCACGUCUUCCACAAACACGGCCUCUUCGACACCCUCCACGUCCAGUUCUCGGCCGAAAGCAAGCGAAGUUGUUAUGCGGAGCGAGCCGAAAGCAAUUGAAAGAACUCCAUCGACAGUAAUCAUUCAAUUAAAAACGAGCAAAACAAGCUGAAAAUUCCAGAUAAUCUCCGAUCAAAUAUCUCUUCCGAACCAGCCAAAAAUCGUUCCCGUUGCCUCCACGCACACAGCGACGAGUGUCGAAGCGACUUCCGACAUCAAAACAAAAGGUUUGUUUUUGCUUUUGCUUUCCACUGACCACAUUCCAAAUUCAAAUAGCAAUUUGACCCGGUUUUUGUCGGCCAGAAAAAUUAAAAGAAACAUUAUAGAAAUGGCUCGUGUCAAGUUUCAAUACAAUCCGCAGCACGACGAUGAAUUGGCGCUCGCAGAAGUGGACGUGCUCAUUAACAUCACCAGCAAGGCACAUUCGCAUUCUCCGCUUCCGACUAAUCUUCUCAUUUCUAGAAUUGCGGCGACGCCGGUUGGUUUGAAGGCGAGUUGCACGGCAAAAAAGGCCUUUUCCCCGACAAUUUCGUCGAAUUGGUGCAAGUGCCGUUGAAGACCGAAUCAGGAGCCAAGUACCCGAUUUCCCGGCAGGCGACGCUCGUGUCCCACAGACCGCCUCCAGUCAAUCCGCCGCAACCUGCUGUUCCCCCGAAACCUGCAAAAAUCAUAUCGGUGAGCGUCUAUCUCUUCUUCGUCUUCUUCUUCCCUUCCGGCCACGUGCUCUCUCUCUCUCUCUAUCUCUCUCUAUCUGAAAAGUCGUCUCGCGGCUCUUCUCUUCACUUUCUAUCUUCCACCCACCCACAAGUUCUCGGCGCAUUGAAAUGAGGAAACACCGACGAUUUGCCUCUUUCGAAAAAUAAGCGUUUCGUCAUUGUGUCGGCGCCUCCGUCUGCCUCAUUUUCCCUCACACCUGCAAUCAUUCACAUCGAUUCCCAUUUUCCCAGGCCGAUUCGUCCAUUUCGCCCACUUCGACGGUCCCUGCUUCCACUGCCGCUCCCUCCACAAUGCCCUCCAUCACGCCUUCUUCUACUCCAAACAGGAACCACUUUGCAGCUCUUCGUGAGAAAAUGUCUACAGUAUGCUGACCUCACGUGAGAUUUCAAUCUCACAAACGCUUUUUUUCAGAAUUUGAAGGUGGUGGCACCGGAACAAGUAUCGUCUGUACAGCUGAAACUAGCAGAGCAACGGGAUCGUGCUUCGAGCGUUGAAGUGGCGGCAGGAGGAGACACGUCAGUCGACGCGAACGGAAGCGGAGAUCAGGUCUCCGAGCUCCAGCACAUUACCAAGAACCGUGCUCGGCCGCCGAAGAGUCGUCCUAUGAGCAUGGUCAUGAAUCGCAACCGGGUGAGUGUUCUAUGCAAAUCUAAGUGUUUUAUUUUCGUAAUUUAGUCUUCCGAUGAGUCACCGUCCGGCCGUCUCAGCUCUCCAACCUCCGCUGCUUCCACCAAUCCGAUGUCUACUCCGAUGUCUACUUCGAUGUUCAUCCCGGCAGCGGCGAAAGAGAUCUUAAUUCCGUCGAACAGCACGGCUCCUCCUUUCAAAUCCGCCAUCACUCCGGCUCCAAUCGUCCCGCCAUCCUCGGCCACCAAACCGGCUCUCCGUCCCAUUGCCAGCACCUCCCUUCCUGAAACCAGUGGUAAGAGUGAUUUCCGUCUGACCUCUCUUUCAUUUAUCCGUUUCAGAUCCUGUGAUCAGAAAGCUGGCAUCGCCUGACAGCCAGAAAUCUGCCGAUUUGCCGACGUCAUCGGAUUUCGUGAGCCGCGUGGAGUACGACGCCUUGCUCGACCGUUUCCGUGCCCUCGAAUCGAGAGUGCUCGCUCUGGAGAAGAGUCGCAAUUUGUAG